AUGGGGUACUCCGUAUGCACUUCGGAAAAGCAUGAACUUGGCCAAUUCUCGGCAUGCCGCAACUUGUCACUUGAACUCCUUGUCCGAUUUGUACUAUAUGACCCGGCCCGCUUUUAUCCAGCCGACAUCGGCUGCGUUCUCAACAGUAGGUACCAAAUAGUGACAAAAGUCGGCUACGGCACUAGUUCAACUAUCUGGCUUGCUCAGGAUAUGAAUCAGACACAUCUUGCGCUUAUAGUUGAGCCAUUGCGGGAGCCCCUUUGGAUUCACAGGUAUAGAUAUAUUGGGGAUGUGAUACCCUCUAGUAUACUGAAAGUUAUUGUUCAGAUGAUUCUGCAAGCGCUGGAUUAUCUUCGCUCCGAGUGCCAUAUUAUCGAUACAGAUCUAAAGCCCGACAAUAUAACGGUCAAGAUAGAAGACCUACCUAUUCUAGAUGAAUCUGCCAAAGAUGAACACCAAAAUCCCCUACCACAGAAAGUUUGCUCCGAUGGUCGCACCAUAUACCGGACUACUGGUAUAAUUACAAUCACUAACGUUGAUCUUUCCGUUUACGGUGAUAGACCAAACAGUGGGCGCAUCCAAGCAGAGAUCUAUCGUGCUCCAGAGUUGUGGGAUCUGCUUCAAGGAAAGAAGCUAUUUAAGGAUGUUGAUCCUGUCCACGCCCAAGAAUAUAAUGAGCCAGGCCAUCUCUCGCAUAUCACUGCGCUUCUAGGUCCUCCCCCAAAAGACUUUUGGGCGAUGGAAAAAGAACUGAACUUUUCUAUACGAAGUCUCAAAGACCCAAUCCUCUUUCCGACAAACUUUAACUUCCAGAGCUUGCUCAAACACAUAUAUGGCGACGACAAGACGAUGUUUAUCGAAUUUGUCAAAAGAAUGAUCAAACGGCGGCCAGAAGAACGGAGUUCAGCAAAAGAACUGCUUCAGGGCCCUUGGCUUGCGGCGGAAUAUGACGAGAGCUGA